AUGUCUGUUGCAUCAACAUUUCGUCUUUCUAUGGAACGAAACAGCAGAUUAUCUAGUAAUGGACGAUCUAUUUCAACAACUCCAUCAGGUCGACCUAGAUCAAAUAUCAGUUCAUCAGCUUCUAUUCGUCGAAUAAAUCUUAGUAGUUCUUGUUCAAAUCAUAUUUUUCAAUGUCAUCUUCCAUUGAAAAAACUCAAACCUGAACCAUGGCAACGAUUUUUUGAUGGUGAAAAACGACAAGUAUAUAGUCAACAAGGAUUGACUGUGAAAAAAAAUAAACAAAAUAUUGAUGCACUUAUUAAUGAAGAAUUUUUUAACUUAACAGAUGAAAAUACAAAACGUGGUGCUCUUCCACCACCAAUUCAAGCAUAUAUUGAUAAUUUAUGUGAACAAAUCGAUGAUUUAGCAUUACAAUUAGCUGAAGAACGACUUAAUCAUAAACAAACACGAGUUAAAGCUGAAGAAAUUCUUACUAAUCAAUUACAAAAUCAAAAUAAACAAUUUCAAGAAUUACUUCAUCGUAAAAUGCUUGAUCAUGAGAAAGAUCUUGAAGAGUUAAAUGAAAAACAUUCAAAAUCAUUACAAGAAGAACGAAAUCAAAGUGAUAAACGUGAACAAGAUUUAAAAAAUGAACUUGAUUUUAUAAAAAGUUCAUUUCAUUCAUAUAAAAUCAAUCUUGAUAAAGAUAGUACUGAAAAAGUUCAAAUUAAAAUAGAUGAAGCAUUAGAAGACAUAAAAAAAGAAUUUCGACAAAAAGAAGAAGAAAUGAAUCAAAAAAUAAAUGAAGCUGUUAUUAAAGAACGAAAAAAUCUUAACGCAAGACAAAAAAUGGAAAUUGAAAAUUUACGAAAACAACAUCAAAAAGAAAUUGAUACAAUUCAUAAAACAUUUGCUGAUUCAGCUUUUGAUCGAACACGUGUUGAAACAUUAACUAAAGAAUUAACAUCAACUAAACUUGAACUUGAUGAUACGAAAGAACGUGCAACUAAUUUAGCUUUACAAUUAAAAGAUCUGGAAAUUCAACAUGCUGAAACGACUCGACAAUUAAAUGAUUUUCGUACACGUUUUGAUGAAAAAACAAAAGAAAUUGAAAAACUUUAUGCUGGUCGACUUGAUCAAUUACAAUUACAAAAUGCCGAUCUGCGAAAUAUGUAUAUGAAAAAAUGUGCUGAACUAGUUGAUGAACGAGCAUUAACAAAACAGAAAAUUGAUGAACAAGUUAACUUUACACGAAAACAACUUCAACGAAAACUACUCAAUAUUCGUAUAACGUCCGCUGUUCCAUUAAGUACUGAUAAUCAAACACGUCGUUUAAGUACAUGUGCUACAGCAUCUCAAUAUGAAUUAUCUCCAACACGUUGUCGUUCAGCAUUUGCUACUUCUCGUCCUGUUUCAGCUACUAAUAAUAUAUCAGAAAUUGAUAAUAAUAAUACAACAGAUUUUACACUUCAUAAUAUACGUCGUGAAACAAAAUUACGUCGUCGUGCUAGUCUACCAAUAACUGAAGAAGAACAAGAUAUUGUUCGAUAUUUAACAUCAACAUCAGUCAUACGAAGACCUGAUUCAUUAUUAUCGAAAUACAAUUUUGAAUAUGAACCAACAAUGAUUAAAAAUCUCAGUUUACAAGAUCUUCAAGAAACAUUUAAGUCACAUGAUAAAAAACACAGUGAAUAUACCUUUUCACUUUUUAAAGUACACAUAACACUCGGAUUUAAAUCCGAGAAAUUACUUGAUAUACGUAUAACAUCUGCUGUUCCAUUAAAUAUUGAUAAUCAAAAACAUCGUUUAAGUACAUGUGCUACAGCUUCUCAAUAUGAAGUAUCUCCAGCACGUUGUCGUUCAGCAUUUGCUACUUCUCAUCCUAUUUCAACUACGAAUGAUAAAUUAGUCAUUGAUAGUAAUACUACAACUGAUUUCACACUUCAUAAUAUACGUCGUGAAACAAAAUUACGUCGUCGUACUAGUGUACCAACUACUGAAGAAGAACAAGAUAUUGCUCGAUAUUUAACAUCAACAUCAGUCAUUAAAAGGCCUGAUUCAUUAUCAUCAAAAUAUAAUUUUGAAAAUGAACCAACAAUGAUUAAAAAUCUUAGUUUAGAUGAUCUUCAAGAAACAUUUAAAUCACAAUAG